CUCUGAGGAAGACGAUGAGAUGAUGCUAUUUGUUUUCCCAGCUUUAUAUCUAGCUUCCAUUGCUCACGAAACAGAAAGUACACCAAUGCGCAGUGAUGCAGAAUGGAUAUGUGAAGUUCUUGAAGAUGACCGAGGUCAGGGCUAUGAAAAACUUCAAAUCGAGCCUCGUAUUCUCCGUGACUUCUCAAGAUAUGUUAGGUCAAAACAUCUUCUGCGGAAUACAAGAGGUUUGUCUGUAGAAGAGCAAAUUGGCAUGUUUAUCUACAUGCUCUCACGAAAUGCUAAUUUUGAGAAACUGAGUGCUAGAUUUGAGCGCAGUAGAGAGACAAUUCAUAGACAUAUCAAGGCAUGCUUUGAUGCAACCAUCUCAGUGAAAGGUGACUUUGUGAAGCAUCCUCCUUCAACUGAGACUCAUUGGAAGAUAUCGUCUGAUCCACUCUACGGGCCUUACUUUGAGAACUGUAUAGGGGCAAUUGAUGGGAUCCAUGUUCCUGUGACAAUAUCAGAUAGAGAAGCGGCUCCAUAUCGAAACAGAGAAGGAUCCCUCACUCAAAAUAUGAUGCUUGCUUGUGAUUUUGAUCUGAAUUUCGUCCAUGUGUCUCAUGGUCAUGAAGGAUCUGUGUCUGAUGCAGCGGUCUUGUAUUCUGCUAUUGAAUCUGGAUUUCAAGUUCCCGGAGGCAAGUACUAUUUGGUAGACGGGGGUUAUCCAAACACGGCUUGUUUUCUUGCUCCUUAUAGCGGGGUCCCUUACCAUACUGAAGAGCAAGAGCAGAGAAAUUGCCAACCAGGAGACUACAAGGAGCUGUUCAAUCUUCGCCAUGCACACCUGCGUAACCAUAUUAGGCAUGCCAUACGUAUACUGAAGAUGAGAUUUCCCAUUCUGAAUGUUGCAACGUUUUACCGGUUUGAGACUCAGCUGAAAAUUCCUGCAGCAGCAGUGGUGCUGCACAAUAUAAUUCAGAGGCAAGGAGGUGACCACGGAGGAUUUUCAAGUAACUGGACAAUCCCAGUUUCAACCCGUAAGACUGUGGCUUUGCCUAGCGGGGAUGAUGUAUAUGGAAAUGAUGUUGCAGCACUGAACAGUCAAUGCGACGCGGGAAAUGCUUUUAGAGAUGGUAUUGCAGAGAAGAUGUGGGCUGAUUAUGUAAGAAACAGGUGGACCAUAGAGGAAGAAACAUAGGUGUACAAGUACUAAAAUACUUUGCCAAUUGCCAUUUUCCUAAACUUCACAAUAUAACAGGCUGACCUGGUAGAAGAAUGAAGGCAACUGGAAGUGUGGAAGAAGCCUUAAUGUCGAGGGGCUUUGAUAUGUGUUACACAAUGAUCUGCACGAGAUGCGUGUUGUUUCAUGAACGCUGCAUAUUUUUUCCGUUGUCGUGAAUCAAGAUUGAGUGGUUGAGAUGUUUGUACAUCUGCAAGGCGGCACUUCCAUGCCCUGCAUCUGCCAAGUAACUUGAAUUUCUGAAGUUCUAUUUUGGUCAACCAUAUAGGUAUCUGUAGCAUUUGUUUAGGACAUAUUAUCUUCUAUUCUGUCUCAGUGAG